UGUGGCCAUUGGAGACCUAGUCUCGUCUUGAACAUCCUCCAUGUUACCACUCUUCUAACUGGUGUGUGGACCAAGCAUUGCUCGUCUAUCUAGUGGCUCUCCUUCUACUCCCCAUCCCUCGUACUGAAGUGGCUUCCUGGGUUCAGAGAGAAUAUUCAUUUCACUUCCAGAAGCCGGAGCAGGACAUGGACUCAGUGGUCUUUGAGGAUGUAGCUGUGGAAUUUAGCCAAGAAGAAUGGGCUUUGUUGGAUUUUUCUCAGAGAAAACUCUACAGAGAUGUGAUGGUGGAAACCUUGAAGAACCUGGACUCAGUUUUCAAACAGGAUAAUAAUAGACAUACAUUCACUCUGAAGAAUGACACCUGCUCCUCCAUAUUAGGAGAAAUCUCUGAAUUCCAUGGCAUUGAACAUCAGCACAACAACCAGAAACAGCACAUGAGAAUGUAUGCAGGAGAUAGCCUUUGUGGAAGAAAAGAUGGUAAAGACAAUAGAUGUGAAGCAAGUAGUGAGCAUGGAAAAGCUUUCGGCUCCAUUGGAAAUCUUACUAAUCUCAACAAAACUCCUGCCGUUUUAAAUCCGUUUGAAUUCCUUGAGAAUGGUAAAGGCUUCAUGGAUCAUUCAGCAUUUAAACAUCACAUCAGAUCUCACACAGGGUAUAAACCUUACCAUUUUAAAGGAUGUGGAGAAGAUGGCGCUUGUUUCUUUUACCUAAAACCUCAUGUGAAGGAGAAAUUUUGUAAAUGUAAGGAUGAUGGGAAGCCUUGUCGCUGUUCCUUACCUCUCAGCACACAUAUACGAAGUCACAGUGGAGAGAGACCUUACGAAUGUAAGGAGUGUGGGAAAGCCUUUAGUCACCUCUCAAGUGUAUACAGACAUAUAAAAUCACACAGUGAUGAGAGACUUUUUGAAUGUAAGGAAUGUGGGAAAACCUUUAGUUGCUCCUCAUUCCUCCGUACACAUAUGCAAACUCACAACAGAGAGAGGCCAUAUGAAUGUAAGGAAUGUGGUCGGGCCUUUAGUUUCCCCUCUUCCCUCACUUCACACAUGCGAACUCACAGUGGUGAGAAACCUUAUGAAUGUAAGGAAUGUGGGAAAGCUUUUAGUCGUGCAUCAUCUCUAACUGUACAUUUAAGGUCCCACAGUGGAGAGAGGCCGUAUGAAUGUAAGGAAUGUGGGAAAACCUUUAGUCGAUCUUCACACCUCACCACCCAUAUCAGAACACACAGUGAAGAGAGGCCUUAUGCAUGUAAGGAAUGCAGGAAAGCGUUCAGGCAGUUUUCAGAGCUUACUAGACAUGUAAGAGUUCAUACUGGAGAGAAGCCUUAUGAAUGUAAAGAAUGUGGGAAAACCUUUUGUCAGUUUUCACAACUCACUAGACAUGUGAAAAUCCACAGUGGAGAGAAGCCUUAUGAAUGUAAAGAAUGUGGGAAAGCCUUUAGUCUGCUUUCAUACCUCACUGGCCAUAUAAGAACUCAUAGUGGGUACAGGCCAUAUGAAUGUAAAGAAUGUGGGAAAUCAUUUAGUCGGUUCUCAUACCUCACUGGCCAUAUAAGAACUCACAGUGGAUACAGGCCAUAUGAAUGUAAAGAAUGUGGGAAAUCAUUUAGUCGGUCCUCUCACCUCACUACUCAUAGAAGAACACACAGUGGUGAGAGGCCUUAUGAAUGUAAGGAAUGUGGGAAAGCCUUUUUUCAGUCCUCACACCUCACUAACCAUGUAAGAUCUCAUAGUGGAGAGAAGCCUUAUGAAUGUAAGAAAUGUGAAAAAGCCUUUAGUUGUUUCUCAUCCUUCCGUAAACACAUUAGGAAUUUCCAUGAAAAUACACCUUAUGAUAAUAAUGAAUGUGGGGGUAAAAAAAACAAAUUCACUGCCAUCGAGUCAGUAACGACUGUAGGAUAGAGUAGAACUGCCCGAGGGUUUCCAAGACUAAUCAUUUACAGAAUUCUGCCAGAUUUCUGCUGCAGAGCAGCGGUCGUUUUGAACUGUUAAAAAUCCAAUGCAUAACCACUAUGCCGCCAGAGCUCCUUCAUGAAUUUGGAAAGGCCUUAGUUAAUUUUCACACCUCAUGUGGAGUGAGCCUCCUGUACAGUGAAUUGCUGUCCUAUGGCCCUUCUAACCAUGGUCAUAUAACUCCUACAAAACGGUUCAGUGGGAAUAUGCAAAUAAGGUGAGUGGUAUCUCAAUAGGUUUAAAGCACCAAUUUCAUAUGGGGAGGGGAACAUCAGAACCAACAAGAAGAUAGGCCGGAGUGGAGCAUGUCCUGACAUUAUUGGGGUCCCUGUGUAGAAAGCCAUGUAAACAUAGGAGACAGAGCUUAAUGCUGUAAGAGGAGCAGCAUAAGAUAAUAAGCAGCAGCAGCAAGUACAGCAGAGCAAAGGAUGGGUUCAGAACAAGGAGAGGAGCACCUUAUGUUGUAAUUCAUAUUGGAUUAUUUGAUCUUCAUCAGUAAGGACUUCAAGUUCUUUUUCACCAAGCAAGAGUGUGUCAUCUGCAUAUCACAGGUUAACAAGUCUUCCUCCUGUCCUGAUGUUAGAUUCUUUGUCAUAGAGUUUAGCUUCUCAUUUGUUCAACUUGACAUUGAACAUGUAUGGUAAAAUGAUAUAACUGACACACAGCUUUCCUGAUUUUAAACCAUGCAGCAUUCUCUUGUCCUGUUUCAACCAUGGCUUCUCGGUUUGUAUACAGGUUCCACAUGAGAACAAUGAAGUAAAUGUUCUGGAAUUCCCAUUCUUAGCAAUGUUAUCUCUAGUUUGUUAUGAUCCACAUCAUGUGUCACUAUUCUUUCUCUACUCAAAUUGCUUCACCACCAUUAACAUUGGCUUGCUGCCCCCUGAAUUUCUCAUCUAUGCUCUGGAGUUACUGUUUUCAAUUUGAUCCCAUUAAAAGAAUGUGAUUUUAAUUCUUUAAAAGAAUGUAAUGUAUAUAUCAAACAGUCUUUACAAAUGCAACUAAACUGUUUGGUUGAAAGAUUACUUCAGAUCUUUCUGAUUCAGAGUUUAAAGAUCUCAAAGCAAUAGAUUGGAGGACUCGGUCUUAGUCUAGUAAGUCUGGACUUCAUAAGAAUAUGAAAUCCUGUUACACAUUUUCCCCCCUUUUAGAUUAGGAUUCAUCUAGUUAGUCCUUGGUUGAAUUGUUCAGUACUGGUAACCUGACAUCAUCCUCUUUUUCUGGUCUUGUGACAAGAGAGGCCUUAGUUCAUGGAAGCAUUAGGCCUGGAAUCCAGGUUUUACGUGGUGUUCUGGUUCUACUUUUUCUUCAGGUGAAUAGAGAAUAAUAUGUUUUGCUAUUUUUGGAAUGGCUGCUGGUAAUUUUUACGACUCCAUGUGCUACUCACACAACUGUCUCAGUGUCUCACUCUGAUUCAAUUCUGGCUCAUAAUGACCCUAUAGGACAGAGUAGAACUGCUCUUCAGAGUUUCUGAGUCAAACUCGAUGGAAGUAGAGAGCGUUAUCUUUCUCCUGAGGAGGGUCUGGUGGUGUCAUCCAGUUGACCUUGGGAUUAGCAGCUCAAUGCAUAACCCAUGAUGCCACCAGCAGGUAGACUAGAAAUAGGCUAAUUGACUAGAUUUCCUCCAGGCCAUGGUCAUAAAGUUUCCAAGCAAGAAAAAGAAUCCCAUAUGAAUAAUGGUUAUACAACCUGAAGAGUCUAGUGAGUGGCACUGAAUUACACAUGUGGAAGUUAUGGAAUUGGAAAAUGUUUUGUUAGGUGUAUUUUUAGAAAAUCUAUGUGCCUUGUGGUCUAAUUCUGAGGUUUCUUUUCUUAUGAAAACUGUUAUCAUACUAAAAGGCAUCAUUUCUUAUGACCCACACUGUUUUUGAUUAUUAGUAAUUGCCUCAAGUUCUCAAUUUCUGCAAAUAAGGUUGUGUCACCUGUGUACAACACCUGCUUCUAUCCUCUUCCAUAUCUAAUGCUCCAUUCGCCAAAUAGUUCAGUUUAUUGAGCAGGCUCUCACAAAUGGAGUAAUCAUAGGAAUGAAUGCUCCUUUUCAACGGGGAGGUACUCCUGUAAGCAGAGUGUUCCAAUUCAAUAAAUAGGACUAUGUGAAGAAUAGAGCUCUGUGUACAGAUUGAGUAAAUAUGGGGAAAAAGGAGAAAAGCCCAAAACACGUUUUUUCUGACUUUAAACCAUGCAUUGUCCCAUUUUUAUGCUUGAGCAGGUCACACAUAAGCAUAAUCGUUAUAUCAUUUCUUGUGGUUCACACAGUUGAAUGCUUCUGCAUAGUUUGUAAAUACCAUUUGGAUACUUCCCGCCAGUCAAAAUUCAUCUGAUAUCAGCAAUGAUUUCUAAUUAUACAUCCUUUUCUAAGCCUGGGUUGAAUUCCUAGCAGUUCCUCUGGCAGUGUACUACUGAAAUCAUUAUUAAGCGAACUUUUACUCACAUGUAGCGUAGGUGAUACUAUCAGAUAAUGCUUGCAUUAGGAAUAUGUAUGGUUACAGAGCUCUUGUGUCUGAUGACAAGUAGCUAUCCAAUUUUUUUUUUGGCAUAGACUAUUGAGCACUUCUAGAGAAAUCCAGGAGGGUAAAGCAUUAGGAGGUUUGAUUAGUAGUUUAAACUGUACAAUACAAAGUUGAUUAUCUAAAAUGUAGAUCCCCCUAGCUUACAGUAAAAAAUUGUUAAUAAAAUGCAUAGCAUUUUAAAAAUUACAUGAUUCAUUGUAUUGGGUAAAUUUGAUGCACGAGACCUCAAAAAAAAGAAAGAAAGAAGAGAAAAGAAAGGAAGCAGCAAAAGGAUGAUCGAUGUCAGGGUACACGAAGGUCACCAAGGGGCGGCAGCAUGCUAGAGUUCUGUAAAUGCUGAAGAGACAGAUCUUUCGCCACAGCCCACAGAGAAUAGCACCCCCCUACAGGCGGUACUCUGCAGAUUUCUAGGCUCUGAAAUGGAGGGGAAAUAAAUGUUCAUUAAGCCAUUCACUUGUGGUAUUUCUGUUAACAGCAGCAUUGGAUAACACAUACAGGCUCCCAUAGGAGGGGUAGUCAUAGGGAUUAAGUCCCAUUUCAAGGGGGUUCUGCUCCCUUUAGCGAAGUAUCCUUUGUUUCUUUUACAAAUAGUAUGCUGUCCCCAAAAUACAUCAGAAUAUAUUGCAUUUAUUAUAACCAACUGACAAAGUAUCUUUAGGACAUUUUCUGUUGUUUCCUAGGGUUUGGCUCUGGAGGCCAACUGUACCAACAGGCCCGAAUUGUCUGUUACACUCAAGAUCCUUUGCAGCUGCUGUGUAUAGAUGGGUAACAGUGGCAUUAUUUUGUUUAGUUCAGACAAUACAAUCCUAUCUGUUCUGUUAUCCCAUAAAUCCUACCCUCCAGGAGGCUAUAGACUUGGGAUUAUGUUGGAAUUUAUUUGCCAGAUGGAUUAAUUCAGCUGCAAUAGAGACUAAACCCUGUGGCACAGAGGGUAAGCACUCAACUGCUAAUCAAAAACGCGGUUUGAACCUACAAAAACGUUCCACAGGAAAAACGUGGCAUUGUUUCUGUAAAGAUUAUAGCCUUUGAAACCCUAUGAGGCUGUUCUACUCUGUCAAUUGUAAGUCUGACUAGUGAGGGGUAAGGGUGCAUUUGCCCACCCCUUGUCUGGUCUGUUUUGGACUGAAUAAAAGACCUCUUUCUCUGA